AUGGAUAUUCAACCUAUUCCGAGCAAUCUUCAGGGAGAUAAGAAUCUGAACAGGUGUAUCCAGUCAUAUCCAGACAAUGCCCAUUUAGAUGAGAAUCUGAACAUGGGUACUGCUUUGAAUCCUUGUAGUGAGGAGAGAGAGACGGGUGGUGCAUUGACCCGAUAUAUUUUAGGAUUUGAACCUACCUGUAGUACAGGGGCCAUUGUAGGCUUUGGCAGUGAGAGUACUAGCAGCAGCACUGGGCUGCAAUUUAUAGAGAAAGCUGAGGGUGCUGAAAGUGUUGCCAAGGAGGAAGUACCCCAUGAAGCUUUGGGCUUCGCUCUUAGUUAUCUGGGAGUCAAGGACCUUCUGUCGGUGGAAAGGGUUUGCAGGUCUUUGUGUUCAACAGUUCAAGGUGAUCCCUUGUUGUGGAGGACUCUCAACAUUGAUCAGCCACUGAAUGAGAGGAUCACCGAUGAUGUGCUACUGCAAUUGGCUACCAGAGCUCAAGGUAAUCUCCAGUGCCUGAGCUUGGUGGAGUGUGCGAGGAUCACAGAUGAUGGUUUGAGGCGUGUGCUUGAAACUAAUCCACGGUUGACUAAGCUGUGUGUUCCUGGAUGUACAAGGCUUACUAUUGAAGGUAUUCUAAAUAAUCUCAAGGCGUUCAACUCUGAUAAAGGUGUCCAAGGUAUAAAGCACCUGAGAAUUGGAGGGUUAUAUGGGGUGACAUAUGAACAUUUUGAGGAGUUGAAGUUAUUACUGGGUGCUGAUAACAAAAAGCUCCAAAAUCAUUACAAACCGCACUUCUAUAAUCGGGAUAAUUUUUAUCUUCUGUGCGAUGAUGAUCGUGCGAUUGAUAUUGAAAUGUGCCCAAGAUGUGAAAAACUGAGGCUGCUUUAUGACUGUACAGCCAAGAGCUGUCAGGUUGAAGAUAAUGCUGCUCAAGUCUGCAGGGCAUGCACACUUUGUAUAUCGAGGUGUGUGCAGUGUGGUCGGUGUGUUAACAAUACUGAAUAUGAAGAAAAUUUCUGUUUGGAAUUGAUCUGCGCAGACUGUUUUAAACAGCCAGAUAGGGGAUGUUGCUUAUCCAUUUAG